AAUCUACUGUCUACACUCUACAGCAGCUGCUCAAACUCUUGGAUUCUUGCAGAAAGAGAAGAAAGACGAAGAAAAAUGGGGUUAUUGGCAUUGCUGGGCGUGAUAUCGCCAUUCCCAUUUUACUAUUUUCUUUGGAAUAACCCACAGUCAUGGGUCGAUCUGUGCGGGAGAGGCCGUGAUCCGUGCAGAGUGAUGGCGCUGGUGUCGCAUUUCUUCAAGCUCCUCCAAUUCAUAUCGCUCUUCUCCGUCGCCACGCUUUUCUGGCCGCCGACUAUCUUCUUUUGGCCGCUCUUCCUUUUUGGCCAGUUUCUCAAUUUCAGAGUAUACCAGCUGCUUGGAGAGCCGGGAACUUAUUACGGUGUCCGUUUCGGGAAGAACAUUCCAUGGGUAACGGAGUUCCCGUUUGGAACAAUAAAAGAUCCUCAGUAUGUGGGAAGCAUUAUGAGUCUUCUUGCUUGUCUUCCUUUUGUUCCUCUCGUGUACAUUAUGCUAUGGGUUUUAGGUUACGUUUUUAUGAUCAAAGUCGAAUCGCAUGAAGACCCAUCUACGCGUGCGAAACCGCUCCUAUCUUGAGUUUCUAGAAACUUCCAGUAACUUCCAGAAGUUUCUGGUUUCGCCCCAUUCCGUUUGUCCGGGGCUUAGUUUUAGCAGGCGUACUUAAUAAGGAUGAUGUUGUAAUUCUUGGUGCAUGUUAUGUUGUUGUAGCUUUAAUUGGAUAGUGCUAACGUUGGAAUACAAAAGAAAAAUUAAUAGAAUGAUGCUUUUUGAUUAUAACAUGCAUAUGUAUCUAUUUACACUCGUUACCGAUUAUGAUAAAGGUUACGUAGAUUUUACGUU